UUCUAAAAGAAUGUCGCCGUACUUUAAAACAGUUGACGAUAACAUGAAAAACUUACGUAUAUACCAAGUUAUUUCUCUUGAAUGAAGGUAGAAACGUUUAUCGAAAAAUUGGAAAAUUGCGUGCAACGUGAUAUUGAUAAACAGAUUUGUGGUUAUUCGAAUCGAAAUUUAUUUUCGCUUUGCGAUUUAUUGUGUUGGAAAUAUCAGCGUUAAGUGGUGUGGCAAUUCUUCUCACUGAUUCUACUAUUCUGCGUUAGAAAAAUAUGCCAGAAAACUUGAAUGGAGAUCAUGUGGACGUAAAGGGUACAAAUUGUGAAGUUCAAGAUAAUGACGAUGUUAAUAUAGAAAAUGAUGUACAUUUUGAACCGAUCAUAUCUUUACCUUUAAUAGAGGUUUCCAAUAAUGAAGAAGAUGAAGUUGAGAUGAUUAAAUUAAGAGCUAAACUGUAUCGUUAUGACUCUACAAGUAGUCCACCAGAAUGGAAAGAACGUGGUACUGGAGAAGUGAAACUAUUAAGACAUAAGACAAAAAAUACAGUCAGGGUAGUAAUGCGCAGAGACAAGACAUUGAAAAUAUGUGCUAAUCAUUUUGUUACUCCUUGGAUGGAAUUGAAACCAAAUUGUGGCAGCGACAGAGCUUGGGUUUGGAGUGUUCUUGCUGAUUUUGCAGAUGAACAACUUAAACCAGAAUUACUUGCAAUACGUUUUGCGAAUGCUGAAAAUGCAUCAUUAUGGAAAGAUGCCUUUGAAAAGGCAAAAGCUGUAGUGGGAUCUGAAUGUGAAAUUUAUGCUGGUAAAAGCAAUCCUGAAGUUAAGCAAGUCGAUAGUGAUAGUGAAUCCUGCAGUGAUGUAAGCUACAGUGAGAGUACUGACAAUGAAGAACAAACAAGCAAAGUUUGCAAAGAGGUUACUAAAGAUUCAGUGGAAAACAUAAAAAUUGUAGAAAAUACAGAGGAAGUAACCAAAGGACUCGAAAAUUUAGAAGUACAUGAUAAUUCAAAAAAUUAAUAAGAACAUAUAAAAGUAAUGAACUUUCAAUAGUGCAAGGGAAAAGUGAAGUUAAUAUCCAUGGCACAUUCCAAGCAAUAUGCAAUAAUUAUGUACACAUGUAUGUACAUAUAUAUGUACAUGUAUGCAUUCAAAUAAUACGCUACCAAUGCUUAAAAGAUAUACAAAUGAUUUUAUAGACAAAUUUUUAGCAAUGUCAUUCAAAACAAACUAAAGUAUAUUUUCACUUUAUUAAUAAGGCAUUGUUUAUACGAACGUUAUGUGGCGUAAUUUUUUUAAUCAAGAGUAGAUGAAAGUGCGAUAGCAUUUAUACUAGAAAAUGUUUAUCAAUACAAAUUUUUCGACCUGAAUAAAUGUAAAAAUUACAUCAA